CCCCCUCUCCUCUCCUCUCCUCUCCUCUCCCCUUAUAAAUCUCUUCCACCCUUCCCUCUCCUUUUACAUCACUUCCUCACCAAAGUCUCUCUACUUUCUCUCUCUUAAACUACCAAGUAAGGUUUCCUCGAACUUGUUAAGGGUCUUCUUUCUUUCUUUCAUGGCUAUUUCUGGGUUCGAAGGUUUUGAGAAACGCCUAGAACUCCAAUUCUCCGGUGAUGAUCCGGUGAUUGGUAUCGGGCUCCGGCGAAUUGAUUUUGAAUCAAUUGAGGAGGUCUUAGAUGCUGUGCAAUGUACCGUGGUAUCGGCCGUUGGUAACCGAUAUUUCGAUGCUUACGUUUUAUCGGAAUCUAGCUUGUUUGUUUACCCUACAAAGAUUAUCAUCAAGACCUGUGGAACUACCCAACUUCUCAAAUCAAUCCCUCCACUCUUAUCUCAUGCUCAUCAUAUGGGUUUAAGGGUAUGUGGGUGCAGAUAUACUAGAGGUAACUUUAUCUUUCCCCAAGCUCAGCCUUUUCCUCAUAGUAGCUUUAGAGAGGAAGUGAUGUACUUAGAACAAAGCUUGCCUGGUAACCUUUGUUACAGAAAAGCUUGUGUUAUGCCUUCUAAGUUGCCAUCACACACGUGGCAUGUUUACUGUGCUAGUGAUGAAGAUCAUGUGGUUGGAGAACAAAUGGCUGAUGUGUUCACCAUAGAGGUGUGUAUGACUGAGCUUGAUCGGGUUCUUGCACGAAAAUUUUACCGGCGGCCGGGAGAUGGUAACUCCGGCGACGUGGCUGGAAGAGAGAUGACUUCAUUGACGGGUAUUGGAGAGAUCAUUCCGGGUGGACUUGUGUGUGAUUUUGCAUUCGACCCAUGUGGGUAUUCCAUGAAUGGUAUGGAUGGGUCCCACUAUUCCACGAUACACGUGACACCAGAAGAUGGUUACAGCUAUGCUAGUUUCGAGUGUGUGGGGUCCACCGAUGAUGACGAUAGGGAAGAUAUCGGAGAAAUGUUGAAGAAGGUGGUACAGAUUUUCCGGCCGGCGAUGAUGUCAGUGUCGAUAACAACAUGUGUGGGUCAAGAUGUGUGGACACGUGUGAAGAAUGCUCUUGAGCCACUUGGCUUGAGUUGUCGGAGUUGUGUGGUGGAUGAGUUCCCAGCGGCUGGUAGUGUUGUGUUCCAAACGUUUACGACUCGCCGGAAGUAGCCGGGAAAGGUGAGUUCAAGGUAGCUAGAGAUGGAUAUUCAAAAAAAGAGAGAAAAGAGAGGGAGUAGGUUAGUAGGGUUUAGAUGUGAAAUUCUUGUUGGGUUGGGAAUGGGUGUCAUGAGAUCAUGGAUGACAGAUGAUGAUGACGAUGUGGAAUUUCGGCAUUCAUGGGUGUUAUCUAUUAUGGCUGGGUUGAGAUUAGAGAGGUAAAAUGGAAGG